AUAAUAUCAAAACUGAAACUCGACUGAGCGAUGUCCACCUUUGAGUGGGCGAAAAAUUGGUAGAAUCUUCACGUUGAGGAGGAGAGUAAUGUGUGGAAACUUCACCUAAACAAAUUUGCGGGAUAUUUAAAAGCCACGUUUUCAAAUUUUCACACACUGGAUUGUAAGCUCACGUCAUUCGCUUCCCUGAUUCGGUCCAUUUUACACCACCAAAUUCGAUCCUUCCCAAGCUAUAAAGCCAACAACGAGUCCUCAAGGAGAUAUUCUAAGUAUCAAUCAUUCUUAAGCAACUCGAAAGGAAAGUGCUCUUACAGAAUUCAUCUUUUCUUAGCACUCAUCGAUGGCGGCCAUGGCUUCAAUGAUGAUGAAAGCACCCGCAGCACUUAACUGCGGGGCAGUCAAAACGAAUAGUCAUAUCAGUAGAUUGCCCAACAGUAGCCUCCAAGUCAAGUGCAUGGCUGCAAAGGUUUGCUAUUUUGCUGUUGUUCGUUUAGCUAUUUUGCUCUUUAUUCUUAUGAAGCUUUGGCUAAUGCGUUUUAUUUGGUACGUGAAUCAGGAUCCAAAGGAAACGUCUACCAAGGUGAGCACGAAAUUUGGCGACCUGUUUGCGUUCUCAGGGCCUGCGCCGGAGAUCAUCAAUGGAAGGGCGGCUAUGUUGGGGUUCGUAUCGGCCAUUGCAGUGGAGGUGGCCAGCGGAAGAGAUUUGCUGUCGCAGGUGAAUAGUGGAGGACUGUCGUGGUUUGCGUUAACUGCAGGAUUAAUGACGGUGGGGACACUGGUGCCCCUGUUCAAUGGAAUAUCGAGGGAGAGCACGUCGCAGCCAAUAUUUUCAUCCACAGCAGAAAUGUGGAAUGGGCGCUUUGCUAUGCUCGGCCUCCUCGCAUUGGCUUUCACUGAAUACGUCAAGGGUGGACCGCUUGUAUAAACACCUUAAUAUCUAUUUCUAUUCAAGCACAAGCUCCAGUAUUGGAAGCUCUCAAAUGGCAUUCCAUGUUCCAGUGGAAUUUUCUUGUACUGUUUAGAAUGUCAUACAGUUCAAUUAUACAAAACCUUGUAAAAAAAUUCAAUCUUAUACUAUAAAGAAAGUUUGAGUUCAACGACUA